AUUUAUUUAUUUUUUUUUUUUUGUCUUUUUGGUCACAAUUGCAAAUUCAUGAGCAAAAUUCUUUUAAAUAAAAAUUUAAUGUUUAGUUAAAACAAAAAAAUUACUUCUAAUGAAGAUAUUAAUCUGCAAUAGUUCAGUUCCUGAUAUUGUCACACAAUUUUACAUAAUUCUUAUUAGUUAAAAUACAUAAUGGGACCAGUUUUUCUUAAGAAAAUUUUCAUGAAUGUUAACGUAACAUCAUCUUAUGAAUCUCUGGUUAGUUCCAUCAAAAAGACCUCCACGAAAAAAAAUUUCUCCCAAUACUUGAUCCAGGAAUUCCCAUUGUCUUCCAGAUUUGGUUGAAAAUAACAAGGCUACGGAGUUAAACAUUAGUAUACAUAAAUCCGAAAUAAGAUUGGCUGUUCAACGACGAUUAUAAAAUUAUAUGUGUUGUAUUUAUUUGGAUAAUAACGACACAAAGCACGAUGCUUUAAAAAUUAACUUUUGAUUAAGAAAAAUAUUAUUCAUCUAGAUCUGGUACAUCAAUUAUAGAGAUGGGAGUGUCAUAUAUCUUAGACCAAUUUUGAUUUUUUAAGUUGAAUGUAGUACUAAUUCAAAUAAAUGACAAAUUUUGUGAGAAUACAUUAUAUGUUUGUCUGUUAAUGUAAUUUUUUUUGAAUGAAUAUAGUCAUACACUUAAAAAAAUAAAGAAUGAAUUCAAACAGCUUCAUGGUUCAUCAUAUGUUGUACCUUGCAUCAUAAGAUGUUAGAUCGUUAAAACACUAAUUUUGAGUACUCAUCUGUUGGACUUAGAAUUCACGAAUAUGAAUAUUCAUACAAUUAAAACUUAAUUUUAAUAAUAUUUUCAAACAGUCUGCAUUAACUAAAACAAAUCAAAUCAUAAACAUAAUACCAAAUUAUAUUUCGAAAAUUAAUAUAUUUAUUAGCAAUUUUUACAUUUUAAAUAUCAGUAAAACGUUCUCAUUUGUACUCGCUGAGGUUCAAAGGUGAUUGUCGCACAUACCUUUGGGACCGUCCCAAAAUACAAUUCUUACACUUGUUAAAUAUACAAGACAAUCACACACUUUUCCGAUUUUGUGUAGACCGAGGAAAAAUAAUUUAUUUUUCUUUAAAAAAAAAUAGUAUUUCUCCUAAUAGAGUAAGUAAGACAUUUUUCUACAAAUGUAAGUGCUUCAUCCUCUAAUCAAUUUGAAUAGAAAAAUAUUACUCAGCAACUGAAAAAUUCAAAACAGUUCUGUACAGGCUUAGAAAGCUCAAAAUGGCCCACAACACAAUAUAUAGUACCUGUAGUAAAGUAGUACUCAUAUCGAUCACUUAAAACUAGGGAGCACAAACACUAGAUUGGUCCGAAGUACAUACGGCUUAAGGUACAAUAUUCUUUCCUUCACUUUAAAACUAGUAGUAUGAUACAAAUUAGCAUUAUUAUUUCUUAUUGUGUAUAGCUUCUUUUAAAUAAAUAUACGUAGGUCUGUGUUUGUGACGUAAAACAAGCUAGGGGAUUAGAUUAUAUUGGAAGAUUACCAGAUAAGCUAAAAGCGAAUGCAUUUUUCCAAAGGUGUGAUGUGACAGACGAGGAGGAUUUCAAAGACAAUAAUUACCUGCAAACAUUUUUGAGUUUGAUACAAAAAGAAAGGAAAUAUCACUUUUUUCAAUAAUGAGCAUAACUUCAUUAUUUUGUUUCCAUUCUAAAACAGCUGCCUUUGAUAAAACUAUUGAAGUGUUCGGAAAAAUUGACAUUGUUGUUAAUAAUGCUGGAAUACAAGAUGAACAUAACUGGAAGUACACCAUUGAAGUUAACUUGAUGGCAGUUAUUCAAGGUGUCAAACUUGCUUUCCAAUAUAUGGGAGUAGACAAGGGUGGAAAAGGUGGCUCUGUAGUUAACACAGCAUCCAUUGCAGGUUUAAUAGAAAUUCCACUUUCUCCUGCGUAUUGUGCCACUAAGCAUGCAGUUGUUGGGUUGACUAAAAGCUACGGAGCAGAAUACCACCUAAAGAAAAGUGGGAUAAAAGUGAAUGCUAUUUGUCCAGUUGCCGCAAAUACAAAUCUUCAUGAUACAUUUUUUCUACACUGUCUAGAUGUAGAAGAGGGAUACAAAUUUGCUGACACAUUCCCAUUAAUUCCUUAUAAAGACAUUGGAAAGGGUUUGAUUCAAAUAUUAGAAGAUGGUAAAAAUGGAUCUUUACUGAUAGUAGAUGAAAAUGGACCAUAUUAUGUAUAAUAUGCUUGCAUAAGUUCACUUAAAAAAAUUAAGAUUUAACAUAGUAACGUUUUUAUCAAGUUUUGAAUUCCAUUAAAAUACAAAUAAGUUCA